CUGGUCGCAUACCUCUCCCUUCUUCGCUGAACUCAACUCAACCCAACCCUCUUCUUCUCCACUUCGUUCAGCCAUACACGCAAGACGAGAACCCACCCAGGAACCGAAACGAACACCGCAAAUCCAAUCCGCUCGCCCCGACCGAUCCCGCAAAGCCCUAGCCUCCUCGCCUCCGCUCCCUCGCCGCCUCGCCAAUCCGACCCGCGCGCGCCGCCGCCUCGUCGCAAAUCGGGGGAACUCGCGAGCGAGCGGACAAGAUCGGAUUUUUUUUAGCGGAGUGAUGGCGGGGGGAGGGAGCAGGCGCGCCGGCGCGGCGGAGGAGCCGAAGAUCGGCAGCGGCAACGUCUUCGCGGCGCUCGAGACGCUCAAGAAGAAGAAGAAGCCGGCCUCGGCCGCGGGCAAGGCGGCGAGGGAGCAGGAGGCGCCGAAACCGGAGGUGUUCUGGGCGCCCGCGCCGCUCACCGCCAAGUCCUGGGCCGACGUCGACGACGACGACGACUACUUCGCCACCACCGCGCCUCCGCCGAGGCCCGUCUGGGGGGACCACCGCGACGCCGGCGCCGCCAAGGACCGCGCCGCACCUGCCCUGGAAGAGGAGAUUGAGAGUGAAGAUGAUGGCCUUGAUGAUGAGGUUGAUGAUGAUGCUGAGGAUGAACAUGAGCAUGAAGCAGAAGAUGCUGUCCUUGCUGAACCAACAGUGAAAAAUGCUGCAGCUCCGCCUACACCGCCCAAAGAUACUGAAAGACAACUUUCCAAGAAGGAGUUAAAGAAAAAGGAACUAGCAGAGCUUGAUGCUGUUUUGGCUGAGUUGGGACUUGGCACGUCCAGCAAUUCCACUCAAGAUGAAUCAAAUGGUAAGAAAGGUGCAGAUCAAGCUGCCCAUGGAGAGAAAAAGGAAGAUGCACCUGCCCCUCCAGAGAGUAAGACCUCAAAGAAGAAAAAAUCUAAGAAAGAUAAGUCCUCAAAGGAGGCGAAAGAAACACAGGAUCAGGCUGAUGGGUCAGAAGAGGCUGCCAGUGUAGAACCUGAUGAAGAUACACCUUCAGUGGAUGUCAAAGAGCGCAUAAAGAAGGUAGCUUCAAUGAAGAAAAAGAAGUUGAGUAAAGAGAUGGACACUGCCGCAAAGAUCGCCGCAUCUGAGGCCGCAGCAAGGAGUGCGAGGCUUGCCGCAGCAAAGAAGAAAGAGAAGAGCCACUACAACCAGCAGCCUGUGCGGUGAACUGCCCAGAUUUUGGAAGUUUAAAGACUUUUUGAACUCCGAUAUCCCCUUGUUCGUUUUAGACUGGUGCAAUAAACUUUUUGAGAUGCUGUAUUUAUGAACAUUGGUGGAGGCACCGUCUUAUGCUCAUUUUGGGAAUUCUAGUAGAUAGGGGGCCUUCGUGUCGCUGGAUUCUGGAAAUGAUGUAAUGAGCUCCGAAUUCUUCGUCAUAGGAACCCUUUCUGACUGUUUGGAAAAUGUGGGGUAAUCGAUACCUAUCUUGCUUAGAGUUUUGCAAAUUGUACCCAAUUAUUGUGCCAUGGCAAUGACUUAACACGCACAUAGUUUACAUAUCC